AUGCCAUUUAUAUCGAAGGACUGGCGUUCCCCCGGCGAGGUGUGGGUGAAAACUCAGGAGGGCUGGGAGAAGAAGAAAGUCCUCGAAUGCACGGCCCAGAGAUAUGCAGCUAUCUCUAACUAUAGUAACAAUGAUAACCAGCAGAAUUGGGACAGCGAAGAUGGAGAAAAAACUGAUGAAGUGGCCCGCGUUCCGCCACACUGUCACAUUACAAUAAAAUGUACUAGAGAGAUCGCUGGUUUCAACGGUCUGUCGGAAGCUGUUCGUAGAUUGGACUUCUCAUCAGCUGUUCGUGACGUCAGACGCUUCAACUAUAUCUGCGCACUCCUGGAACUACUGCUUGGUGGACAGAAGUUGACCAACUUACCAGGAGCUGCUCAGAAGUUGUUAUUAUCUAUGCUGGAACAACUAGCUGUCCAAGUGGCGCGGUCGAAGCAAAACCUUAACGCGCUUCGAGCGCUGCUGACAGCACUGGCAGCGCUUAGAGAGGCUGAACGACGAGCCUGUUGGGGUCGACCGCUGGGGUCCCGCGCGCUCUGGGGUCAUCAUAGACACGCCAUCGAACGGAUCUACCACAUCGCUGAUGGCAUCGCCAUACAAGAGCCGGGACCAGAAGUAGUUCCCAAGCUUCAUGAUUUGCCUGAGGAGUGCAUCCGAGAGAUAUUGUUGAGAAUAUCUGAUCACAGGGACUUAGAGGCUGCAUCAUCAGCGUGGCCAGUGAUGGCGUCGUUGUGUUCUGAACAGCAGUUAUGGCGUGAACUCGUCAACUUCCACUUCACACAACAACAGAUCGACUCGGUCAAUAAGGAUGAGAAGAAUAUAGACUGGAAUAAAGUCUUUCACCAGCUCAGGAAGUUGUACGGUCUAAGAGAAGACGCCCAGUACGCAGAGACAUUGUCUCUAUGUAGACACUGCAAAUGUCUGUUUUGGCGGUCCUUGGGACAUCCAUGUAUUGCCGACCAGUGUCCUGAAUAUCGUGAACGUGUCCGCGAGGCCGGCGGACCGCUCCCUCCACACCCGGUGCCUCCAGCGGCAUUCCUCAAGUUUUUCUCUCUUUAA